CCUUAUUUUGUGAGAAUUCCUAUUGACUCAUAUAUUUAUUUCUUAUUAUCGUCGCUAUUGGAUUUGAAGAAUGGAAUAAACUCAAUAAGCUCCAUAAGACCACAGUGAUUUGAAGCUCUGCAGACAAAGAUGGCUCGGGCGACUCGGGAGGAGAUAAAGUCGAGAAAAAUAAGCGAUGUUGGUAGAGACCCAAGAGCAAGUGGGUACAUCAAUAUCUGUGAAAAAGAGGAAAUCUGAUCAUAAUGGAUCGUGGAUCUGAUCAUAAUUUGCAAAGUGACGGAACUACUCUUCAUAGUGCGGUACUGACUGGUUCAUUAGAGGAAGUUAGACGUUUGGUUGAAAAUUGUGACGCUGAUAUAAAUUGUACUGUUGAAUCUGGUGAAACAGUUUUGCAUUAUGCUGUUUCUGUUGGUGUACUAGACAUUGUCGAAUAUUUCCUUGAAAACGGCGUUUGUGUACAUGGAAAAGGUACUUACGGUAGAACGGCUCUGCACGUUGCUGUCGAAAAACGUAUGCUUGGCAUAGUAAAAUGCUUAGUUGAACAUGGAGCCGAAGUAAACGGAAAGGAUACUGACGGUAUGACAGUUCUUCACAUUGCUGUUGCCACAGGUUCUUUACGCAUUGUCAAAUAUUUAGUUGAAAAAGAUGCUGAUGUAAAUAGUAAGAAUACUGACGGUAGGACAGUCUUGCACAUUGCUGUUGCUGCAGGUCAUUCAGACAUUGUUAAGUAUUUAGUUGAAGAAGGUUCUGAUGUAAAUGCCAAGAAUAAUCGUGGGAAGACAGUUUUGGAAGUUGCUGCUAUCAAAGGUGCACUAGAUAUUGUAAAAUAUUUAGUUGAAAACGGUGUUAAGGUGAAAACAGGCAAUGAUAAUUGGGGGAACGCAGCACUGCACGCUGCUGUUCUUUUUCUUCACUCUGACAUUGCCGAAUAUUUAGUGAAACAGGGUGUUGAUGUAAACAGCAAGGAUACUGAAGGGAGGACAGUUCUUCACACUGCGGUUGCUCAAGGUAAACUUGACAUUGUGAAAUAUUUAGUGAAACAAGGUGCUGACGUAAAUGGAAGAGAUAUUAAGAAGAGAACUGUUCUGCACGUUGCUAUUGCUCAAGGUAACGUUAAAACUCUCAAAUAUUUGGUUAAAAAAGGUGCUGAUGUAAAUGGAAGGGAUUGUGACGGUAUGACAGUUCUGCGCACUGCUGUUGCUCAAAAUGAAAUGCAAUUUGUAAAAUAUUUAGUUGAACAUGGAGCCGAAGUAAAUGGAGAGGAUACUGACGGUAUGACAGUUCUUCACAUUGCUGUUGGCACAGGUUCUUUACGCAUUGUCAAAUAUUUAGUUGAAAAACAUGCUGAUGUAAAUGGUAAGAAUACUGACGGUAGGACAGUCUUGCACAUUGCUGUUGCUGCAGGUCGUUUAGACAUUGUUAAGUAUUUAGUUAAACAAGGUUCUGAUGUAAAUGCCAAGAAUAAUCGUGGAAAGACGGUUUUGGAGGUCGCUGCUAUCAAAGGUGCACUAGAUAUUGUAAAAUAUUUGGUUCAAAACGGUGUUAAGGUAACAGGCAAUGAUAAUUGGGGGAACGCAGCAUUGCACGCUGCUGUUCUUUUUCUUCACUCUGACAUUGCCGAUUAUUUAGUGGAACAGGGUGUUGAUGUAAACAGCAAGGAUACUGAAGGGAGGACAGUUCUUCACACUGCGGUUGCUCAAGGUAAACUUGACAUUGUGAAAUAUUUAGUGAAACAAGGUGCUGAUUUAAACAGCAAGGAUACCGACGGAAGGACAGUUCUUUACCCUGCGGUUGCUCAAGGUGAACUUGGCAUUGUGAAAUAUUUAGUUGGACUUGGUGCUGACGUAAAUGGAAGAGAUAUUAAGAAGAAAACUGUUCUGCACGUUGCUAUUGCUCAAGGAAAAGUUAACACUGCCGCAUAUUUGGUUAAAAAAGGUGCAGACGUAAAUGGAGAGGAUGCUGACGGGAUGACUGUUCUGUGCAUUGCUGUUGCUCAAGGUCAAAUUGACAUUGUGAAAUGCUUAGUUGAACAUGGUGCCAACGUAAAUGGAAAGGAUACUGAUGGUAUGACAGUUCUUCAUAUUGCUGUUGCCACAGGUUCUUUACGCAUUGUCAAAUGUUUAGUUGAUAAUCGUGCUGAUGUAAAUGGUAAGAAUACUGACGGUAGGACAGUUUUGCACAUUGCUGUUGCUGCAGGUCAUUCAGACAUUGUUAAGUAUUUAGUUGAACAAGGUUCUGAUGUAAAUGCCAAGAAUAAUCGUGGGAAGACAGUUUUGGAGGUCGCUGCUAUCAAAGGUGCACUAGAUAUUGUAAAAUAUUUAGUUGAAAACGGUGUUAAGGUAACAGGCAAUGAUAAUUGGGGGAACGCAGCAUUGCACGCUGCUGUUCUUUUUCUUUACUCUGACAUUGCCGAAUAUUUAGUGGAACAGGGUGUUGAUGUAAAAAGCAAGGAUACUAAAGGGAGGACAGUUCUUCACACUGCGGUUGCUCAAGGUCAACUUAAAAUUGUCAAAUAUUUAGUUGAACAGGAACAGGGUGUUGAUGUAAACAGUAAGGAUAAUGAAGGGAGGACAGUUCUUCACAUUGCAGUUGCUCAAGAUAAACUUGACAUUGUCAAAUAUUUAGUUGAGCGAGGUGCUGACGUAAAUGGAGAGAAUAGUCUCGGGGAAACAGUCCUGCAAACUGCUAUUGUUAAAGGUGCACCAGACAUUAUCGAAUAUUUAGUUAAAAUGGAUGCAGAUGUAACUCUUGAAAGUCUUAGAGAUGACAUCGUGAAGAUGGCUGUUGUAGAAAAUGCUGUAGACUUGCUCCAUUUUUUGAUUGAAAAGAACAUCGCUGUUGGAAAAUCAGGACCAUUCCUCGUUGAAGGAAUAAAAAUGAGUCCUCUGGAAUAUAGUAUUCAUCUUGGCCGCGAUGAGAUUACAACUAUACUUAAAAAUAAAAUCUCCGUGAAACAUCGUGAGAAAAUUCAAAUGUUGAAAGUAAUGAAUUGCAACCAGUUGAAAGGGAAUGCUGUACCACUGCAGACAUUUGUGGCGAAGAAUCAAUUAAAAAUUGGCGCUGGUGGUUUUUCGUGUGUCUAUGUCGGUCUGAUGAAGGAUGGAAGUGAAGUUGCUGUUAAGAGAAUUUUGGUGCAAAGUGAGGACGAAACAGUCGAAAACGAAAAGGAAAUUAUGACUCUUAUUAUGAAGACAGACAACUCUCCUUUUAUAGUGAACUAUCGUCAUUUUCACCGUGACGAUACCUUCAUGUAUCUUAUUGUUGAUCUUUGCGAAGAAACCUUGAGGGAACUUGUUCAUGCAUGCAGUAUUGAAUAUCUACAAGAGGAAGGUCCACGAAUGAUUUGGGAAAUUCUAUCUGGACUUGAAUUUCUUCACGGUAAAGGAAUAUUGCACAGAGAUCUAAAACCAUCAAACGUCCUGGUUGAUAUACAUGGCCACAUAAAAUUGGCAGACUUUGGGGUUAGCCGUAUUCUACAUGACGACGAAACGACAAUUGAAACAGAUGCUAGAGGUACUCGUGGAUGGGUGCCGCCUGAAGUAAUUUGUGGAAUAGUAAGAAGGGAAAAAGGUCGUUUCAAAAGGAAAUCGGAUGUCCAGGUGGCAGGUAUGAUUUCGUUUUUCAUCUUAACUAAAGGUGAACAUCCUUUUGGCUCCGAGUUGGAACGAAUGAAAAAUAUUUUAGAAGGAAAUUAUGUCAAUUUAAAUAAACUGGAUAAUUGCGAAGCUCAAACGUUUGUGAUGUGGCUGAUUAAUCACAAGAUCGAUGAUAGACCUUAUGCAGAUGAAGCACUAAGACAUUCUUUCAUAAACCGAGACUGAUACAAUUCAAAAUAAAGUUUGAAUUUGGCCACAUGCGGACAAUUCAAAUGCAAGAUUUAAACUUUCCAAGUAACCUACUUAGUUUCCAAAAUACAAAAGAGUGCAGUUCCAAUCUUAGUUGUAAGCGUGUUUGUUAAAGCUUGGUAGAUUUACCAAUUGAGUGUUGAUGUAUAUUGAAUGUAAAAUGGAAAUCAUUAUCAUAGUGUUUUCAUCAUUUUUAAUAUGUUAAUUCAAUAGUUUUUAUAACAGGGAUUACAUUCUGUCCAUUGCCUCUGCAUU